AUGUUCACUCUGCAACUCAAAACUGCGGCACAGAAAAACCCAAAACCCAGUUUUUCAAUCCCAUGUCGCAGCCUCAUCACCUCACCCCCACAACCGCCUCAAGACUCUUACUUGGCCAACCUCAUCCUCCAAUCCGAUCCACAAACCCUAACCCAGAUUCUUCACAACCCUAAAAUCGAGUGGACUGCAGAUUUGGUGGACAAGACCCUGAAACGGCUCUGGAACCAUGGGCCUAAAGCCAUCCAAUUCUUUAAAGUCCUUGACCACCACCCCAGCUACACGCACUCUCGCUCUUCCUUCGACCACGCCAUCGACAUUGCUGGUCGUCUGCGUGACUAUAAGGCCCUAUGGACCCUUGUUUCCCGGAUGCGGGCGCGCCGCCUCGGCCCGGGCCCGAGAACUUUUGCUAUCAUCACUGAGAGGUAUGUUGCUGCUGGCAAACCUGAGAGAGCUGUUAAGGUGUUCUUGUCUAUGCAUGAACAUGGCUGUCCUCAGGAUUUGAAUUCCUUUAAUACCAUACUUGAUGUGCUUUGCAAAGCUAAGCGUGUUGAAAAGGCUUAUAAUUUGUUUAAGGUGUUUAGGGGCAAGUUUAAGGCUGAUUGUAUUAGUUAUAAUAUUAUUGCAAAUGGGUGGUGUUUGAUUAAGCGAACCCCAAAGGCUUUGGAGCUUUUUGGGGAGAUGGUGGAGAGGGGAUUGGACCCGAGUUUAACCACGUAUAACAUAAUGCUUAAAGGGUAUUUUAGAGCUGGCCAGAUUAAGGAAGCUUGGGAGUUCUUUUUGCAAAUGAAGAAGAGGAAGUGUGAGAUUGAUGUUGUUACUUACACUACUUUGGUUCAUGGGUUUGGUGUUGUUGGUGAGAUUAAGAAAGCUCGAAAAGUUUUCGAUGAGAUGGUUGGGGAGGGGGUGCUUCCUUCCGUUGCAACUUACAAUGCUUUGAUUCAGGUUUUGUGCAAGAAAGAUAGCGUGGAAAAUGCUGUCUUGGUUUUUGAGGAGAUGAUGAGCAAGGGUUAUGUGCCUAAUGUGACCACUUAUAGUGUGUUAAUUAGAGGAUUGUGUCAUGCGGGUAACAUGGAAAGGGCGAUGGAGUAUAUGGAGAGAAUGAAGGAUGACGAGUGUGAACCAAAUGUUCAGAUAUAUAAUGUUGUGAUUCGUUACUUUUGUGAUGCUGGAGAGAUAGAAAAAGGGUUGAGUGUGUUUGAGAAGAUGGGUGGUGGAAUUUGCUUGCCUAAUUUGGAUACAUACAACGUUUUGAUUAGUGCCAUGUUUGUGAGGAAGAAACCUGAAGAUCUGUUAGUGGCUGGGAAGUUGUUGAUUGAGAUGGUUAACAGAGGAUUUUUGCCCCGUAGGUUCACCUUCAAUCGCGUUCUGGAUGGGCUUUUGUUAACAGGUAAUCAAGCUUUUGCAAAAGAGAUUUUGAGAUUGCAGAGCAGAUGUGGCCGACUUCCCCGCCAGGUCAAACUAUAA